AUGGCUCUCUAUGAUGAAUUGAGUAAAGAUAUUGUCCCGUGGCUCUACACCCUGGCUACUUUUGUAACAAUCUUCUCGGUAUACGUCAUUUCCUUAAUCACUUAUCGCAUUCUGUUUCAUCCAUUGGCCAAAUAUCCCGGCCCGUUCCUUGCCAAAUUCAUGGAGUGGAGAGAUGUUUAUCAUGCCUAUCGCGAAGACAAGCAUCUUGACUUGUAUGAACUGCACAAACGAUUCGUGAGGCCCAUUGUCCGUUAUGGGCCGAAUACGUUGUCGUUCAACCAUCCUGCUGCCUUGCGCGCCAUCUACGGACACAAGGCAAAUGUGCGCAAAUCGGAUUUCUAUCUAUCGUUCCCCGCAACUCCGGGAGCGGUUUCUACGCAUACUGCAAUUAAACGCAGUGUACACGCCAGAAAGCGUCGCGUAAUGAGUCAUGCGUUCUCAGAAGCUGCUCUGAAGGGUGUGGAAGAAUAUGUUCUCGCCCACAUCCGAUUAUACAUCCAGAAGCUGGCUGGUGGGAGUUCUGGCGAGUGGACCGAGCCCAAAAAUGUCUCGAAAUGGAGCACCUAUCUUGGCUUUGAUGUCAUGGGUGACCUCAGUUUUGGCAAGUCCUUCAACAUGCUUGAAGGCGAUAUUCCGGAGAACCGAGAAGCAGCGCAUUUGCUUGCCCAGGCCGCCAAGCGGCAUAAUACAACUGGUCCACUGCCCUGGCUUCACCAAUCUGGAUUUGACAGGAUCCUAUUUCGAAAGCUGAACAAAGACCGUGAUCAGUACAUGGCGUUCAGCAAGAAACAGGUUAGAUCUCGCAUGAAUAGCAGCAUCUUUAAUUCCACCCGAAAAGACUUCUUUUACUACCUGUUAAACUCCAAAGACCCGGAGACAGGUCAAGGUUUCGCACAGAGCGAGCUAUGGGGGGAGAGCAACACGCUUAUUAUUGCUGGGUCUGAUACAACGUCAACUACACUUACGAGUACAAUCUUCUACCUUGCCCACAACGGAGCAGCUCUAGACCGUGCAUACAAGGAAGUUAACUCCAAGUUUAAUAGCGUCGAAGCGAUUAGAGCUGGUCCAGAAUUAAACUCUUGUACAUACAUCCGCGCGUGUAUUGAUGAAGCACUGCGAAUGUCGCCGCCCGUUGGUGCAAUUUUACCCCGUCAGACCCUCGAUGGCGGUCUUGAGGUUUUGGGCGAGAAACUCCCAGCCGGCGUUGGAGUUGGUUGCCCGAUCUAUGCCCUACACCACAACGCCGAUUUUGUACAGGAUCCAUUCGUUUAUCGCCCUGAGCGCUGGAUAAUUGGUGAAGCUGCAAGCGAGGCAUCGCUAAAAAGCUUGCGAGACGUCUUUAAUCCAUUUAGUAUUGGGCCGCGGGGAUGCAUAGGCAAGCCUAUGGCAUACAUGGAGUUGACCAUAGCACUGUCAAGAUUGGUGUGGGCUUAUGACAUGCAACUGGCGCCUGGAAAGCUGGGUGAAAUCGGAGAGGGUAAUCCUGGUCUGGGGAAAGGCAGAGAACGACCAGGUGAGUUCCAAAUGAGUGAUAUAUUUGUAAGUAAAAUAGAUGGCCCCUAUGUUAGUUUCCGCCCUAGACAAUAA